CCAGUAAUGAGCUAAUUCAGAUGUUUUCCAGAGGAAACCAGCUUUCUUCCCCGGGGAUUCUGAUCCAGUCGGAAAACAAGGAGCAACAGAUUCACAGGAAUGUGUUUGGCUCAGGAACAAUCCCAACUCUCUGCCUGAUGUGAGGGAAACAGAGAGCCCAGCCCGAGCUACCGUACAAAUCCCAGGAUCUGCCUCCAGGAUAAAGCGGGCGAGAGGCAGGAACUGGCAAUAGGGAUCUCCGCUUCGGAUCCCGGGGAAUUCUCUCAUUCCUGAUACAACACAGCAGGAGCCUGAUCCAAGAGAGGGACACCCAACAAUCCGCAAACUGUCCGGACGGGAUCAGGAACUCAGGCAGGCCGAGAGCUGUGUUUUUCUGGUUCAGGAUGGAGCCUCUAUGGACCUUCACUGAGGCCCUUCUGCUCUGCUGUCUCCUGCCAUCGGCCUGCCCUUUGAACCCAAGUGACCCUAACGUGUGCAGCCGCUGGGAAAGCUAUUCGGUCACUAAACAGGAGUCUUUUCUGGCCCCUCACGAUGAACCCUAUGAGGAGGACUGUGAUGACCCCAGGACCCACUUCAGAUGCGCCAGACACAAGAUCACCUACCGAAUGACCUACCAUGUUGGGGUACAGACCGAGUAUCGCAAGCGGGCACACUGCUGCCCCGGGUAUUAUGAGAGCCGGGGCAUCUGCGUGCCUCAAUGUGCCCAGGAAUGUGUGCAUGGCCGAUGUCUCACCCCCGACCAGUGCCAAUGUGCACCCGAAUGGCGUGGGCAGGACUGUUCCAGCGACUGCUCUGCCCUGUACUGGGGCACGAACUGUAGUCAGAAAUGUGCCUGUAGGAACGGGGGACAGUGUGACCCUCUGACUGGCCUCUGUUCCUGCCCCCCUGGUUACACCGGCCUGGCGUGCGAAGACCCCUGUCGCCCAGGGACCUACGGGCAGGACUGUUCAAGACUCUGCCAGUGCCGGAACGGGGCACGCUGCGACCGGGUCACCGGAGCGUGCGAAUGCGUCAACGGGACGACUGGUGGUCUGUGAGUAGCCUUCAGCAUCCCGUCUUGCCACCCUCUCCGUCUGUCCCCCCGAACUGCACGUCCAAGCGGCUUCCGUCUCUCUUUGCUUGCAGGAGGCACGGAGCGUCUGAUUCACGAACUGCAAAGUUUGACUUAAUUGAAUGAGGGGAAAAUAA